AUGUCAUUCCCAACCGUCGCCGCUGCUCCAUACUUCGAUGACGAGGAGCUGCGUAGCCUAGAAAGGCUCCGUGCCCUAACCAAUGGUUCGAACGACAAAGUGGAGAUUCUGAGGAGCUCCGCAGACCUCAUGCAGAAUCUGGAAAGAAAGCUCGAAUUUCUGGCGAAUGAUAACCAGAGGUUGUUGAAAGAAUCCGAGGAGGUCUCGGCGAGGAAUCAGAGGCUACUUGCUAUGACCAAGGUUGGACCUGGGGCAGUUCUGGCCAAGAAACGUGAGGCUAAGUAA